AUGAAGAACGUCCGCAACGCUGUCGCGCGCUAUCCAUGCUCUAACUCGGAAGAAGCAAUAGACGAAGUCACUAAAUGGGCUCUACCCCAAUUGCUAUCGUCAGUGUUAGAGGGCCGUGUCCCUAUCGAAGAAGCCAGAAAGAUGUGUGCAAAUAUGCUAAACACAGACAUGUACCGCUGGAAGUUUGAAAUCGCUAUCAAGCUCAGAGAGGGAAAACCAAAAGAUGCUCUUGAGUUAGCGGAUGCUUUCAAAGCUGAUGAUAAAUAUCCAGAUGGUUUUCUUUUUCUGGUUGAUUGUGCUCAUAAGCACAUUAAAAUUGAUGAUUGGCUCUUGGAGAAUGGUCUCACUCCUCCACCACCACUUACGUUGUCUCACGAAGAUCAUUUCAUCGAGAUUCCAUUGGAUAUACUGAUGAAUCGUCCAGCAAAACCAGACCUGACGAAAUACGUAUCCGGGCACAGGGUACCUUUGCCGAAGCCUAUCCAGAAGGAACUCAAAAAGUUCAUCCCAGAUCAUCGCAAGCAGUACAAUUCCACCGAAUUGCUGGCGAUUUCGAUAAAAUUUGGAGUGACGGUUCCACAGAUCCAAUGGUAUUUUAAAAGAAGAAGAACCUAUUUUGCCAGAAAAUUGAAAGCCGAACAGCAUAACCAAAUGAAGUGGAUGAUGGGAGAGAAGAAACCCACCAACGAUGGAUUCCACGAUGUGAUUGCUCUUGGUUGA